GCUGGUGCGGGGAUGGGUGAUCCUCUCUCUGAGCCACAGAAUUGGGGCAAUGGGACAUGCAGAGAGACACAGGGACACACAGGCAGAGACACGGGAACGCACAGAGGCUCAGGGACACACAGGCAUACACUCUGGGCUACAGGGGUCUAGGGUUCAUAUAGAGGGCGGCAGCUUUCCCUGUGGCUGUUUGAUCCCUCUGAGGCUCCUCUCUGCUUCUCUCUUCAGGCUGUAAAAACUCAAUGGAGCCUCAUAAAUCUGCUGAGGCAAUAGACAGAAUCCCCCCCGCCCACCCCAGUCUUUUCUCUGUGCCACUGAGGCAGGCUCGUCACCCUGCUCAGCUGCAGAAAAGUACAUAAAGAAUUUUUAUGGGCCAGCAUUGCUACUGGGACAGACUUCUAAUUGCACUAAGACACUAUAAACGUAAUUAAUUUCAUGGCCAUUACUCCUGUUUCCAGCUGUGUGUUGAUGCUUUAGCAAUUAACAGGUGUAACUCAGGCGCUUCAGUGGGGCCUGGGAGUGAAAUUUCAGACACCCAGGCAGCGCAGCCCAAAGUUCAGCUCUCUCUCCCACAGCCCACGCGCCUCCCCCAGCUCCCAGGGCUGCCGCGUUCCUGGUCUGCUCUGUGUGGCUCGCCGUGUCGUAGGCAGUCUCUGGCCGGCCGUAAAGCAGGCGGCUGGCUCCUUGCAGGGAGCCUCUUUCUUACAGCCUGGUGUCAAGCUGCAUUACUCCUAUGGGUGCGGACUGCUGGAGCGCUGAAGAGCAGCUCGAUUCUGAGCGACGGAGCCUGAUGAUGCAGCGGGAAACAGAAACCCUGAAGUGUAACGUGUAAUUCUCCAAAUGGCAGACCCGCAACCCCGAACAGGGUAUUUAUAGGCUUGGUGAAAGUACUGGCCCAAGGCACAGUGUUGCAGGCCCUAAUUACUUACAAACAAAGCGGCCCUUCCCUUACAGUGAGCCUGGUGACUAUGAUCUUGCUGUGUCUUUGUGUGGGCUGUAUCGCCGCUCUGUGAGAGAGGCUCUAUACUGCCCCCUGUUGGUGGAGAUCAGUAUAGCUCUCUGUUGUUGCACCCUCUGUGUCUGUGGAGAUCUGUACUGCCCCCUGUUGUGGGGAACAGUGCAGCCCUCUUUCAGUGUACCCUCACUGUUGCUGUGGAUCACCCAGUUGGAGUGGCUCUGUACUGCACCCUGUCAGUGUGACUUUGCAGUGCCCUCCCAGUGGUGUAACUCCACAUUGCCCCCUGGUGGUGUGGCUCCGUACUGCCCCCUGCCGGUGUGGCCUUGCGGCGCCUCCUGUUGGCACACCCUCUCCGCCGGUGUCCCCCGCCCCCGUGCUCCGCCUGAAUGCUCCCUCUCAGCAGAGCCGCACUGAAAGCGUCCUCUGUGCACUCACACAUACUUUCCCAUUGACCGCAGCCCUUUGAUUGCGUUCAUGCAGAGAGCCGCUUUCUUCUCCUCUUGUUAAAGUGCCACCAGGCAUUUCGGAUCGUUUCCUCAGGGGAGGAAUACCUUCAGAUGGCACUCUGAACAGCUGUUGUUGAUUAUCAGGCAACAUUACGUAAGCUUUCACACGACUCUUCUUUACCACAGUGUCCCUUUACCUGGCCCCUCCUGACCGGCGUAUCACCGACUCCCCCCCCUAAAUGGUCCCCUCUGAUGAUCCAAAUCGGUUCCUAUUAAUCUGUUUUCCAAGUUUCCAGCUACUCCCAUGCCCCGCGACCAGCAGACGUUCCUGCGUAUGAAACUCCUUACAGAUCUUUCAGGCUGAAAUGUACAUUAAAAUGUCGGAACCCAUUUUCAGCCGCUAGAUCCGCGGCUCCCAAAACGUGACCCUUGAUUUUCGCGUCACCUGACAGGAAAUCUGAGCACAACUAGACCAGCCACUCGAUUCAUGUAGGAAAACCAAACGUGUUUUUUUUUUAAAUUAGAUUUAUUGAAAGGAGAUGGUGGGAAUAGUCCUUAGGAGAUUUUUUUAAAUACACAAAGAAGACAUUAAAAAACACAGUGUUAUUAAUAACAGAGUGGGAAUAUUUUGAAAAAAGUGCUUAGAUCUGUAUGUGGAUGCUGUCACAGGAUAAGGCCUGUGCUCCAGACCUGUGUGCCCGACACUAGAUGUUACUCGACAGCCGGGGGACGCCGCGCACGGAGCCCUGGACACGUGCCUCUCAGACAUUCCCUCUGCCAGUAGACUGUGUGGUUUGUGGGGGACACGGAACUCCGGGUUUCUGAAAAUUGCCUGGUGGAGUGAUGAAUGUGCAGGGAUGAGAAAACAUGAGAGGAACUGAGAAAGCUGUCUGCCGAGCGCCGAUGGGUAUCUGGCCCGGCGAGCCUCUAAGUCUCUCCUGCAUUGGGAGGCGUUUAGCACGGUUGUCGGCGUGUUUUUAGCGGCGCUCCCUGCAUUCUGCUGUUAGUGUGGAUGCUGGGGAGGUGAAUGGGGUAGGUGACGGCGUCGUGACUCAGCGGGCGAGGUCACGAGAUCAAUUCCCAGGGUCUGCAGACCGAUUUCACCAUUGGGACCUGGAGCUUCCGGGUCAGGAAUGUACGUCGCGUUUGAUAACCGCAUCUGCUAAAUGGGUAUUAUGUAAAAAAUAAAAAUAUGAGCCGCAUGCCAGCAAUGCUGCUGUAUCGCACCCCGGACAGUCACGCGCAUCACUUGCCUUUGGAGGGCACUCCUCUGUGUGAAUCGGGCUUUCCCGUUCAUAUCCAGAGCUGCAGGUUAGCCCCGCAGCUAAGCAGACUCCCAGAUUUCGUGAGUGAAGGAUGGGACCAUGCCAGAUGCAAUCCCACGUUGCAGUGACACGUGUCGGAUGGCAUCGUCCUGUCGGAGGGGGAUGCGAGCCUGCCUGGGAAAUUGCUCUCUUAGCUGCCGCCCCCUCCUGUCAUGAGUCGGUAUUACAUCUGCCACCUACAUGUAAGUUUAUCACACGUGAGUGCACCUUCUCUUGCUGGCUGUGGGUGCAGCUUAAGCAGGGUGAGUAACACACUGUGGGCUGCAGAAAGCCCUGUGACCUGGCACUCCUCCUCUUAUCUGAGCACGCUGUCGAUAGAAGCUAUGUUUGAGUGCUUGCCAUAUAUUGUUUGGGAAAUGAUCUCAGGCAGUCAAAGAGAAUGAUGUUUAAAUGAUCUUCAUAUUGGUGUGACUGUGAUAUGUAUGUCAAAUUUUUAAUUUAACCACUACCCCACUUGGUCUGGCUAAUCAAUACCCCAUUGAGCAAGUUAAAUAACUAAUCAAUUAAUUGAGCUGGUGGUGAAAUUUAAUGAAUACACAGAAUGGCUGAGGUGCCCCUGAGGAGAGGUUAGGGAGCCAAAGCGGUGACCAUCUAUUAAUCCAGCAAGGUAUCAAUGAUUUCCUGUUACUUGAACUAAAUCUCACACAUAUUCUCUGAUGGUCUAAAACUUUUGCACAGUAGUUUAUAUCCAUCCAUCCUCUAAUUGGUUGUCUAGUGAUGGUCACAUGGUGGCCUGGAGCUAAUCCCAGGCAACGCAAGGCUCUAAUUUAUGUGUUGAAAUCCUUAUUAUGCAAUCCAGACAUGACUAAUCCCACGAUUACUGUUAAAUGAAAGUACAAUGAACACUGACGCUAACUGUUCAUGGAGCAGCAUUCAUUCCUGGUCGUCUCCCCCCCUUUUCCCCUGCCUCCCUUGAAGCAGUGUGGGCUUCUGCUUAUAAGAAGACCUGGCAUCACCAAAGAUGAAAGGGGAGCUGCUCUGUUGCAUGCUGCCCUCUGCUGGACAGUAUCGGUCAUGCUGGAUGGGGGAGCUUUCUGAGAUCAAGCCAGGGUUUUCUAUUUAGGAUGUUUACGCUGAAAGAGGAAAACGGAUAAUUGGUGCCCGUUUGCAUAGUUACGGUGAAACUGGUGAUAAGAUAGGAGCUGAGUUUGGGUGGGGCUCUGUACCAGCUUAUCUGCCCAGCAGGAAGCUGUCCCAGUGGACAGGGAUUUUGGGAAGUCCUGCCACUCAGUGUUGUUGUGGCUUUGUUUCCUCUUUCUCUCCCUUCUGAUACCUCCAAGCUUCCCUUUUCCUGUUAAGUCGCUCCUGUUGAUGACUGUAUGGUUUGUACAGGAAGUUUGGUGUGUUUUUUUUCCUUCCCCAUGCUCUCCAGAGUCCCCCGGGCCAGGAUGUGCGUAAGCGAGCCUUUCUGUCUGGGGCGGCAACCUGCAGGAAUGCAGAUCCUUAUACCUUCACGCUUCUCUCUUUCUCUCCAUUCGCCUCCUCGCCCCCCGGUUCCCCAUGACGCUCCCCGCCAGCUGAUCGACUCGUUCGCCUCGGAGAUUGGAGAGCUGAAGCAGGAGAUGGUGCAGACGGCCCAGCCCACGGCCAGGCACUCCGGCGCCGACCUCCUGGAAGGGCUGGAGGGGGAGGUGAGCGGCGUUUAUCUGCAGUCCCACCCGGGGGCUACAAGUGGCGCCAGAGACUCGGGCUACGACUCCCUGCGGCGCCGCAUGAGCGUGCUGGACAGACUGGCGCAGACGCACGCCGCAUGGCUGCUGCUGUCGCUCAGCGACGAGGAGGCCGGCCGCAUCCUGCAGCAACAGCCCUGCGGGACGUUUCUGGUCAGAAAGUCGGCGCGGCUGCAGAGGAAGGUGCUGUCCCUGCGCGUGGAUGAUGUGGCCCCCGGAGCCGUCAGUGACUUCCUCAUCAGGGAGAGCCAGUACACUUUCUCUCUGGAGGGAUCUGGGAUCAGCUUUGCCGACCUGUUCCGCCUGGUAGCCUUCUACUGCAUCAGCAGGGAUGUCCUGCCCUUCACCCUGAGGCUCCCUGAGGCCAUCGCCACGGCCAAGACCCAGACUGACCUGGAGCAAGUGGCCCAGCUGGGGGCAGGAUUCUGGGAGUCCUCACUGUGCCGCAGGAAGGAUCCCUGCGUGUCACCUUCUCGCGGGUCACAGGUUAAACCCCCACAGCCGCCAGGGGACCCGGGGCCUCACCUGAGUCUGCGCACGAGGGCCCCGUCGCAGCUGGAGCGCGGACAGUCCAACGGGGCACUCUGCUUCAUCAACCCACUCUUCCUGCAGGCGCACCGCCUCGAGGAAGCUGCACCUCCGGAUCCCAAAUCACUCCCCCGCGGGCCUGCCCUCCGUACACCCCCGCCACGGCCCCCGCCCCCACGCUCACUGCCCCGAAGGCCCGUGCCUCCGCCGCAGAAACAGAGGAGCAUGCCGGAGACGGCGGGCUGGACGUGCCAGCAGCCACAGCCUCCACCGUCCGUGCGCCGGGGCCUCAUGGGGGCCAAGCUCAGUGGCCUGACCUUCUCCACGCCCAAACGCAGCAGUGCCCCCAUCCCCGUGCCCCCGCCCCGCCUUAAGAAGCAGUACAGCAUGUCUGACGCCGACGGCCUGCGAUGCCAGAUCGCGCUGGAUGAGCGCACCAUCGAGAAGGCCCUGUGUCAGCGUCGCCCCCCCGCUCCGACUGCCGAGAGCCCUAGCCCCCCUGCUGUGCCCGGCGCACGUCCAGACGCCCGGCAUCGCAGCAGGGGAGAGCCCGGCCAGCGGCUGAGUGACGUCAGCAUCUCCACGUCCUCCUCCGAUUCCCUGGAAUACUCCCACAGCUACUCCCUGUCGGGGCCAAGCCCCCCCUCCGGCGACGGGCCAGCGGGCGACAGCAGCGAGGAGGAAGACGACGACAUGGAGGAAGAGGAGGACUACGGCAUGAGCGUGGAGAGCGACCAGGAGGUCAGCGUGCCGCUACCGUUCAAGUCCAAGAAGUUGCACGUGGGAGGCACCUUCGUGCUGCGACGGGCGCUGAAGGGCCGCCUGCGAAAGGUCAGUGGCGUAUUCAACUCGUUCAUGACGCCGGAGCGGCGGGCGGUGCGGCGCAUCGCUGAGCUGGCCCGCGACAAGGGCGCCUACUUCGGCUGCCUGGUGCAGGACUAUGUCAGCUUCCUGCAGGAGAAUCGCGGUUGCCACACGUCGGGCCUUGACCUGCUGCAGACGCUGCGGCAGUUCAUGACACAGAUGAAGGCCUACCUGCGGCAGAGCUCUGAGCUGGACCCCCCCAUCGAGUCGCUGAUCCCUGAAGACCAGAUCGACCAGGUGCUGGAGAAGGCCAUGCACAAGUGCGUGCUGAAGCCGCUGAAGGGUGUGGUGGAGACGGCCCUGAUGGACUUCCAGGUGGCCAGCGGCGCCUGGCAGCAGCUGCGGGAGAACCUGGCGCUGGCCAAGGCCAAGCAGCCGCAGGAGCUGGGCGUGGACUGCACCUACCCCCCGGACCCGGUGGCCGUCGAGAAGAUCCGCCACAAGUUCCACAACAUGCGCAAGAUGUACUCGCCUGAGAAGAAGGUGGCAUUGCUGCUGCGAGUGUGCAAGCUCAUCUACACCAUCAUGGAGGACAACUCAGGGAGGAAGUUCGGUGCCGACGACUUCCUGCCCAUGCUGACCUACGUCCUGGCCCAGUGCGACAUGCCCCAGCUGGACCUGGAGAUCCAGUACAUGAUGGAGCUGCUUGACCCAUCCCUGUUGCACGGCGAAGGCGGCUACUACCUGACCAGCGCCUACGGAGCCAUGUCCCUCAUCAAGAACUUUCAGGAGGAACAAGCCGCCAGGGUGCUGAGCUCAGAGGCUCGCAGCACACUGCACCAGUGGCACCGCCGGCGCACUGCCCAGCGCACCGUGCCCUCGGUGGAUGACUUCCAGAAUUACCUUCGCGUGGCCCUGCAAGAGGCAGACAGUGGCUGCACGGCCAAGACCCUGCUGGUGCGCCCCUACUCUACCACCGAGGAGGUGUGUGUGCUGUGCUCCCAAAAGUUCAGCGUGCAGGACCCGGAGAGCUACGCCCUGUUCCUGCUCAUCGGAGAGACCAGCCAGCAGUUGGCCGCAGACACCUACCCCCAGCGGAUCAAGGCAGAGAUCCACAGCCGGCCUCAGCCCCAGCCUUUCCACUUUGUGUACAGGAGGGUGCCUAACCUCAACUUGUGUGGACCCACCGACCAGCAGAACGGCAACUGUCUCUCAGAUUAAUCUCAGGGAGGCUGUUCCAGGUUCACAUCACGCAGGACUCGAAAUGUCUAACCCAAGCAGCUACUCGCUUUCUGUGACGGCGGAAGCCUUGCGUCUUGUCGGAUGAAAGACAAAACGACUCCGACUCCCGAAUUUCACAUCAGAGUGACACAUCUAGGGGCAGUAUCUUAUAUUUCCUGUCCCCGGCAUAGAGCUCUGAACUUUAAAAAGGCUGAUAUACAGGGGGCGCUGUAGCUCCCAGCCCAUAACCUUCUCUUCACUCCAUACAUCUCCCUGACUUGUACGACUGCUCACAUGAUGACGCAGGAGCAUCGAAGACGACGGAUCUCUUUUUGUUCAGUUUCAUCACAGUGACAGCUAAGACCGCGCUGGAGCCCAGGGUGUGCUGAAGUACUGUAUCAGUACGGGCAUCGUCCUGUGUGUGAGGAUUCCUCUCUGACUGCUACACACCUCUCCUGCCCACAGAUGCGUACUUAUGCAUUUACAUAUUAAAUAUGCGGUAAAUAUAUUUUUAUUUAGAAAAGAAGGUUUCCGAUUUAAUAGUUCUUCUUGUGCUGCAGUUGCUGGUAAACUGUGGUUUGUUGUUGGUAUAUGGUCUUUAUUUUUUGGUAAUUUUUAUAUUUUGACCACACUUUUUAUAGAUGUUUCAUAAGACUCCUGGUGCCAGGCUGUUCUGAUGGCUACCGGGAAGGCUCUUUAUGUUUGACAUGCCGGUGAUCAGCACCACGAAAAGACGAUUCGUUUUGUAAUUCAGCAUCUCGCUUCUCUUUAUGAGAUACAGAUACAUCCAUCCACGCACCUUCUAACUUGGGACUGGGGUACACCAUGGACAGGAUGCCAGUCCAGCAUACAGAUACUGAUGGAUAAAUAAGUAGCGAGUUAAAAUGACUAAAGGAGCCAUGGGAUUGUUCAAGUCCUUGUCUUGGACUUAAGAAGUCAAAUGAUCGGUGAAGUCUGUGUUACGGAUUAUAAAAGGCUCACGGUUAGUCAAAUUCAUGUUAUGAUGUCGGUAAACUACUGACAGGUACCACAUCUUUUCAGAACGUCCCCUGUUCCUGUGGGGACACAGUGUAGUCAUGCCUGGUCUUAACAGAAGACUCAUGCACCCUAAGUCAUAGAUAUGUACGCCAUGUAUACAGUGCUGUACACACCAGAGUUUAUUCAGCCUUAAUUCUUAAUGCCUUAAUAUCUUUAUAAGUGAUUAUAAUUGCAGUAGCUGUGAAAUGAUGGUUAUUAGCGACAUUGCUCAGUGCGUAGGUUCCUACUGGAAAGAACAUGUCAUACACAAAUACGUUAGGCCAUGUCCACGGGUAAAAAUAAUGUAGAGAGAGACUGGCCUCACCUGCAGUGGCCGUUGCCGAAGAUGUGGCACUCGAAAUGUGUUCCGUUUACCGGGGGAUCUGAAAACAAGAGGACUGUGUUAAGUGCAAGUUGGAGAAGAGAAAUGUGCAGGGCUUUGAGGGAGGAGAUCGGGAUAAUUAAUAAUGCAAAACGUAGUGGAUGCUUUUUAUUGCUUUCAACCGCUUUUCUGGUUUUACACGUUUCGAGCCCGUUUGAUGUCAGUGACCAGCGAUAUGGGGAUGAUUUUUGUUUAAAAUCUGUCUGGAAUUUAAAUCUGAUGUUGUACGGUAUCCAAAUCAUAUUGCUCUUGUAAUGAACAAGACAGAAGACAACUUAAAAAAAGAACUUAAAGGCACUAAUCUUCAGCAAAAUCUGUAGCUGCACCAGGCAGAUGGUGUAGUGAUCAUUUUGAUUUUUUUGUUUUUUUUUUUUGCUUAUAAGAAUCCUGAGAAAAGUAUCAGAGACCCAAAGGUUAUAAAUAAAGGUGAAUGUUAUGUGGAGCACAAACACAAAAGUUAUGAAACACUAAACGUCUGGAUUUGGUGUGACUAUUAGGCGUGUGAUCAUCUUAAAGCAUUAUUUUAGAUUCGUACUGUAACUGUCUUUUAAAAAAUGAUUAAAAUAUAGCUGGUAAAUGUAUUUAUAUAUAUCUAUAGUCUGUGCUGGAAUUUUCACAGAUAACUUUGUAAUUCGCCCUUUAUAGUCCUCAUUUACUUGUUUCGUUUUGUCUUCUGGAAAUGACAAGACAUGUAGAAUAAGUAUCCAGUCCCAUGUCACCGGUACCUUGUGUGUAAACCUGUUUAUACUAUAUUUUGCACACAAUAAAUUCUGGUGAUUUGGUAGAAUAAA